UGAAGUGAAGAUAUUCUUAAAAUUUUAUAUUCUCUAACCGUGAACAUUCUCUAAUAUUCACAAGUAUGUCCUCUUUCGGCUUCCAUACCUUUAAACGGGGGUAUAGAUGAGUUAAAGAUAAUUCUCUGUACGACUCCUAAAAGUGAAGCAACGCUCAAACACGAAUAUGCAAAAAUAUUCAAUUAAAAGUGAAGGUGUAGCUGUGUAUAAAUCCGGAAAAAAAUGUCUUUUUGUUGAAUUUUUCCAUUGAUCUCUGUUGUCUGUCUUUGUGGAGGAGGAGAGUCCCGCUGACGGAGCUGCGUGCGCAGCUUCGCUCCGAGCAGCUUCGACCGGACCGCAAUGAGGAGAUAAAUAGCGACGGGAUCCGUUUAUGUCUGUCCUCCUCCGCUGCUCUGGUUUCGGUUUCAUCUGGGAGGAAGGCGGCUUCUGUUGGAGAGGGGGCCUAACAGCAGGAGUGAUGGAUCAGCGGUCGCUCUGAAACCUGAGGUUCUGCGUUUCUUCGAUGGUUUAAAUCAUGGACGACGACGCUCUGAACACAACGGCGGCGCAGGCCGAGGAAGUCGGUGAGCCACUUGGCAAAGCGGAGAACGGAGGAAACCCGCUGGCGGCGGAUUCCUUCGACGACAGCAUGGCGGGUCUCAACAAAGGGGGCCUCAGCAACAAUGCCGACAACCCUGCACCGCCAGCCGGAAGCCCCAACCCAGAACCCCCAGGAGGAGUGGCGCUCAAAGUGGCAACAACUGUCAUCCACCCCGUGUGUUUGGGAGACAGCCCACUGAUGCUGCCCAUCCACCUUCAGAUGGCUGGAGCCUCCGCCCCUCAGCUCGGCCAGGUGGGGGGAGCGCCCUAUCUGAUCACAAGUCAAAGCCCAGUUUCACUUCCACUGGUUCUGGACCAGCAGGUCAUCCAGCACAUAAGUCACUCUGUGAUCCCUCAGAGCCCCGGCUGUACGCAGUUGCCGCGCCAGAACAGCCUUCUGUGUCAGAACCCCUUGACCUUUGGCCUACCCGCAGCCGUGGACCCAAAGGCGGCGGGGCAGGCUCAGGACGCCAACCUUCUGUCCCUGCUGCAGAACCCGGCUUUCGCCUCCAUCAUCCAGGACCUCUUCCCUCCGCAGGUGGGUCCAUCCACCUGUCAGUCGCCAGGCUCCUCCUUCUUCUCCCUGCCUCCCCUCACACCCCCCUAUCCACCUGCUUUGGCCCCCCUGGUCCCACCAGCCACAAUUUUAGUCCCUUACCCCGUCAUCAUUCCCCUGCCGGUGCCUCUACCCGUCCCUCUGCCCGUUCCCAUUCCCAUCCCGCAGACGGAGGACACAAAGGGGAACGUGCCAAAACCCGUUUGCACUGUGAAUAAAAGCACCCAGACAUCCGCCAAAGAUGCUACCUCUCCUCCUCCACCCUCGAGGAAAUGCCCGCCGUCCUUCCAGCCACAGAGCGCCACCGCCUCAGCUCAGGAAGAGGGCCAGGUUCUGGACCUUUCUGUCAGGCCUUGCCCUAUUGAACCAAAACAGGAGUAUCCCAGUCCACAACAGGAGAGCGUUCUGGACCUGUCAGUGCCAGGUCUGAGGAAAAAGUCUCUUCAAGCAGACCGGCAGGUGGGGUUGCAGGACCCAAGAGGAGCUGCUCUGUCUCUGGGUGUGGAAUGCUCUCAGAGUUUAGACUCUAAACUCCUGGGGAGUCUGGCCUCCCUGGAGUUCAGCCGGCAGCACAAGUGGGUGGUAGACACCAGUGCCACCGGGUCCAGCUCCUUGGCGCAGGAGGCUUCUCUAAGCGGAGCCGGGAAUCUCGAGAUCGUCAGCGCCUCGCAGACGGCCAAGGUCAUCGUCUCUGUGAAGGACGCCAUCCCCGCCAUCCUUUGCGGGAAAAUCAAAGGCCUGUCCGGAGUCUCCACCAAAAACUUCUCCAUCAAACGGGACGGCAGCCAGGGGCCGUCGCUGCAGCAGCUCUACGGGGUCCCGUCAGGGUCCCACAGGGAGCAGCAGGACCCAAACAACCCUCAUAAAAAGGUUUCUAAAAGUCGAGCUAUCAAACUGAAGAAGGUCAGCUCGCAGGAGAUCCACUUCCUUCCCAUCAAGAAGCAGAGACUGGCAGCUCUGCUUCCCAGAAAGUGAUGCACUUCUGCUCCCAGCAGGAGAUGUGGCACACAUGGAGCCUUCAGCACUAAACCCGCGGACGUCCAGUCAGGUCUCCAUUGUCAGUCAGAACACAAAGCUUCUCCUGGCUCAGUGUUUUUGAACCCAGGCCAAAGUUUUGAACCAUCAGUGACGGUUCUGGACCAUCAUGGCAGCUUCUCUGGUUCUCCUGGUCUGAGGUUUGACUGUCCAGCAUCAGCACAGACACGUAGGUUCUUCUCCUAAUCCCCUUCCAGCUUCAUGCACUGCACUGGAAACUGAAAAUCAGAACUUCAAAGCUAUGAAAAUCGCUCUUUCCUUAUUGGUAGCAUGACUUAGCAAAACAGAAGCUGCAGCGUCCUCAAAUAUAAGUUGCUGCUGGCGUCCUGGCUGCUUCCUGUCUCAUCAGGUGAAUCCAGGCAGACGUCCCUGACGUCAGCCAUGAUCAGAAAAUGAAGGGACCCGCUGUGGUGAAGAACUAAAGACUUUCUUUGCUUUAUUGUGGAAAAAAAACGAGUGUUUUGUGUUUCGAUUAGUGAGCUAGUAGAGUCCGUGUUGAUCAGACUCCGCCCACUCCUGGGAGGCGGUUGUGGUUUCGUGUCUGUUCUGUUGAGCACUGAGUGUUGUUGUUAUUUAAUCCCAUGGCGUGCACUUUUGUCUCUGUCCCAGAGUUUCCACGUCGGCUCCUGCCUCGGCCCCUCUGAGUGCAGCAGUCGUGUAAAUCUGAGAGCUGCAGGCCAAUAACUAACAGCAGCCACAUACAGAGAUGGAAAAUAGUUUUUCCACUCCUUCCCGUGUGUUCUUAAGCAAUCCCAGAACAUCCCUGCUGUAAAAGGUCGCUCAGAUUUGGACUGAAGCUCCUCUAAUUUAUUAUCCGUACGGCUUUUAUUUAUGUUUCUGUUUUGGCUGAAUGUGAGGACGGCUUCUUCAUGUCGCUGAUAAAUCACCUGUUGAAGUGUGCUGCUGUUGGAUAUUUGCUUACUGUGCUGUGUGUGUGUUUUUUAUACCUGUUAGCCUCUUUUUGACGCCGUUUUUGGAAACUCUGUGUUGUUUUUUGCCAUGAAACUAAAUGGGGGGGGAGAUCCCUCAGUGAAGCAGGCGGAUCUUUGUACUCAUGCUUUGCAUUAAAAUGAUUCAAUCCCACAG